GCAAUCUAACGGUAGAUAUGAAUCCCAGGAGUUGGCGUAGAGAUUUUAAAAGUAGGGCUGUUUUGUUCAAACACACUUCGCUUAAAGCAAAGCCACUGCCCCUUCAUCAUCCGACCGGAGCAACCGUAGUUGGUUCUUGCUAGAGCGUCUUGGGUUGAAAGCACUUUGGGGAGCAACUUAAUGGCUUCGUCAUUGUGCUGUACAAGUAUGUUGCAUGAGGGUUUAUUUACUCCUAAACAGAUAACAAAUUGCAAUAAAGAAUUGUUGUUCAAUCAUUCCAGUCUUUGUAGUAAAUCAUUGAUUCAAAGUAAGUCACUUUCUGUGACUGCUAAUUUUAAACAAUCAAGAUUGUUAUUACUGAAUGAGAAGUCAAUGAAAUGGAAGCAAACACAAAAGUUUUGCUUAAAAAAUUCAGUUCAAUGCCGGGCACUUGAAAUUGAGAAUACUCCAUCUUUUAUGCUGGGAAAGAAGUUUCAACUUGAUGAUGUGAUUGAAGCGCAACAGUUUGAUAGGGAUACUCUUAGUGCUAUAUUUGCAGUAGCACGUGAAAUGGAGAAGAUUGAGAAGAAUUCACCUGGAAGCCAAAUACUUAAGGGUUAUUUAAUGGCUACUCUGUUCUAUGAGCCCUCUACUAGAACUAGGCUUUCAUUUGAGUCUGCUAUGAAACGGUUAGGGGGUGAAGUCUUGACUACUGAGAAUGCUAGAGAAUUUUCAUCUGCUGCUAAAGGGGAGACACUUGAAGACUCUAUCAGAACUGUUGAGGGAUACUCUGAUAUAAUAGUUAUGCGCCAUUUUGAAAGUGGUUCUGCAAAAAGAGCAGCAGCCACUGCUAACAUUCCCAUUAUUAAUGCUGGAGAUGGUCCUGGACAACACCCAAGUCAGGCUCUUUUAGAUGUCUAUACCAUUGAAAGAGAGAUAGGGAAACUAGAUGACAUCAAAGUAGGCCUUGUGGGAGAUCUUGCUAAUGGAAGGACGGUUCGGUCACUUGCAUACUUGCUUGCAAAGUACCAAGAUGUCAAGAUAUACUUUGUGUCUCCUGAGGUGGUAAAAAUGAAGGAUGAUAUCAAGGAGUAUUUGACAUCGAAGGGUGUGGAAUGGGAAGAAACUUCUGAUUUAAUGGAAGUGGCUUCUAAGUGUGAUGUGUUAUAUCAGACUCGUAUUCAAAGAGAAAGGUUUGGAGAGAGAGUAGACCUUUAUGAAGAAGCUCGAGGAAAGUACAUCAUUGAUCGGAAUAUAUUGGGGGUGAUGCGGAAGCAUGCAGUUGUGAUGCACCCGCUUCCAAGACUUGAUGAGAUAACUGUGGAUGUCGAUGCUGAUCCUAGGGCAGCCUAUUUUAGACAAGCCAAAAAUGGUCUCUAUAUCCGGAUGGCUCUUCUGAAACUCUUGCUUGUUGGGUGGUGAGGAAAGUAAUUUUUUUGGGGGACUAUUUUCUUUGAAUCUGAAACUUUAUAUCAAAAUCUGAGACAUUUUUGCUUUGAAAGGAUUUUCUCCUAAUAACUUUUGAAAGAUGUUUGAGAAAAUUUUGUGCUUGCCAAAAAUGGGAAAAUUUUCCUCAUUUUGAGGAAAUGGAAGAAUGUUUUAUAGCUUUUAUAUAGCAAAAUCAAUAAAACUAUAUAUACCCAUUUUCUCUGUAA